AUGGCUGAUGAUGCCAAACGGUAUAUUAGCUCACCUUACCUUGGGGGCUAUUCUAUUGCAAAACAAGAACAGUAUAGUAAAUAUCUCAAAAAACUACAUCAAGAUUUUAUAGACUCUUGGAAUGAAAAACCUCAGACUCAUUCAAAACUGGAGGAUUUCGAUACUCAGAAAAUAUUAGGUACUGGAGCAUUUGGAGUAGUAUAUUUAACUAAACAUUUAGGCACCGGCAAGUUUUACGCUAUGAAAAUGUUAGAAAAGGAAAAAAUAGUGAAGUUAAAGCAAAUUGAACACAGUUACUAUGAAAAGAAAAUACUAUGCGGCUUAAAUUUUCCGUUCUGCGUUUACAUGAAAUAUUUUUUCAAGGACAAUGUAUACUUGUACUAUAUUUUGCCGUACGUAGCUGGAGGAGAAAUGUUCUCGCACCUUCGUAAAUUGGGGAAAUUCGAAGAAACGUCUUCGAGAUUUUAUGGCGCUCAAGUUAUUCUGGCGCUUGAAUAUUUGCAUGCUUGUGAACUAGUUUAUCGAGAUUUAAAGCCGGAAAAUAUUUUAAUAGAACGAACUGGAUAUAUCAAAUUAACUGAUUUCGGGUUUUGCAAGUUAGUCAGAGGUAGAACCUGGACUCUUUGUGGUACUCCGGAAUAUUUAGCGCCUGAAAUCAUUUUGAGCAAAGGCUACGGUAUGUCAGUUGACUGGUGGUCUCUUGGUGUUCUUUUGUUUGAAAUGAGUGCUGGUCAUCCACCAUUUUAUGCAUCGGAUCCUAUGAGAAUUUAUGAGAAAAUUGUAGCUGGAAAAUAUCGAUGUCCAAGUCACUUUUCGCCAGAAUUGAAAGAUUUGGUAUCACGUAUUUUACAGAUUGAUAUAACUAGACGUUUAGGUAAUUUAAAAAGCGGUGCUCUAGAUUUUAAAAAUCAUAAAUGGUUUCGCGAAAUUGAGUGGGAUAACUUACUGAAUUGUCGUUUUCCUGCACCUUUUAUACCUAAAAUUCGCUCUCCAGGUGAUUCAUCUUAUUUCGAAAACUAUGAUGAAGAAAAAAUAAAGGAAAGUCCAGUUUGUUUGUAUGAGGAAGAAUUUGCUGAUUUUUGA